AUGGAUUUUCAUCAUAAAAAUAAUGAGAGAAAUAAUAAGUAUGGGAAUGAAAAAUCAAAUUAUGAUCGAAAUGAGAAGCAUAAUGAUAGAAAUAAUGAUCGUAAUAAUGACAGAAAUAAUGAUCGUAACAAUGAAAGAAAUAAUGAAAGAAAUGAUAGAUAUGAUAAUAAAAAUGACAGAAAAAGAAAGGAUCGUCAUUAAAAGAGAAAAAAUAGAAAAUAUUCAUCAUCUAGCUUAUCUAGGCCAUCAUCUUCAGUUUCUGUUUCUGUUUCAUAAUCAGAAUCAUCAUCAAGUUCUGAAAAAGUACCUAGAUAUAGACCCAAAAAUCAUGAUAAUAUGGUAUUAUUAUUGGAGAAUUUACCAGAAGAUUUAACAAAAUAAUAAUUAGAUAGUGCAUUUAAUGAAGCAGCUAUGGAAGCAAAUGUAAUUCCUCAUGAAGAAAUAUCUAUCAUAAAUGCAUUUGGGUAAGCAUAUAUAAAAUAUUGUACUGUUGAUUAUGCAAGAAAAGUUUUAAUAUAUUUAAAAGGUAAAAUAUAAAUAGGUGAACAUACUCUUAAUGUAGAUUUCUAUGAUGAUACUAGUGGUAGAUAGAGAAGAGUAAUGAAUAUAAUAAUAAUAAUUAGAAUAGACAUGAAUUAAAAAAUAGUUUAAUUAAUUAGCCACCUACAAGUUAUGAUUGGAUAUGUGAUAAAUGUGGAUAUGAGAAUUUUGCAAAAAGACAUAAAUGCAAUAAAUGUUUAAAUCCAAGAAAUAUAAAUUGUAAAAUAUUGAGUGUGAUGAUGGCUCCUCCCACUGGAUUUACUGAUGAUUCAAUAUGCAAUACUAGUUUGAUGAUAAAAGCAAAAGUAUAUCUUUUAUUAUUAAAAUUAAGUCCAUAGCUGAUGCAACAGAUAGUGAUAUAUUAGAUAUAUUUGCUCCUCUUGCUGCUGUUAAGGAUAUAAGAUUGGUUAAAAACAAAGUACCUAAGGAUCCAAGAAUGAAAGAAUAAAAGGAUUUUGCUUUUGUAGAAUUCUUUAGUGUUGAAGAUGCAGAGAAUGUUUAUAGAUAUGUAACAUAAAAUGAAGUCAGACUUCAUGGAGAUUAACUAAUAAUCUAGUAUUCCAGAAAUAAUAGAGCUUCAAGAUAUGAAGACCAUUCUAAACCAUUUGGGUAUUCUAUAAUGUUAAUAUCUAGAUUUUAUCCAAAUAACUAAUUUGUUAUGUAACCAUAAGGACCAUUACAACCAUAGAUUCCAUCAUAAAUUUAAUCAUAACUUAAUCCAUAAUAACAACCAUAAUAAUCAUAGGAUAUUAUUCAAUAAUAAUAAUAAACUUAAAUGUAAAUACCCAUGCCAAUACAAAUGUAAAUGCCAAUACCUCCUCCUAUGCCAAUUCAUUAAAUUCCAUAAAUUCCAUCUAUCCAACACAAUCAACCACAACAAACUCAACCUAUUCCCUAAUUACCUAUCUAAAUGCCUGAAGUCUCUAUUGUAUAGCCAAUAGUUUAAGCUCCUUACCAAGCAGCCUAAUUAGCUUAAGAGAGAAUUAUAUUGAAAUAAGAACAAAAGCUUACUUUAUCAACUCCUCCUAUGAAUUUGAUGUCUCAACUUCCUCAAAAAAUUUUUAAUCCAAAACCUUAAUAGUAGUAAUAACCAAUUUAAUAAUAAUCUUAAUAAUAAAAAAAGUAAUAAAAAGUUGAGGAGACAGAAGAAGAAGUCAAAUCUGAUAAAGAAGAUGAACAGCCAUCACCUCCUCUACCAACAAAAACUAUAAAUAAAGUUCAACCUCAAUUAACAGAAGCCUAAAUAAGGAAGAAGGCAGAAUUAGAAUUAAAGAAAUGGGAAAAAUAAUAACAAACAAAAAAACCAGAGGUUAAAGUACCACCUUCGAAACCUAUUAUAAAUCAAGUAGAGGCUUAAACAAGAUUAAUUUUAUAUAUUUGUCCAAUCUGUAGAAGAAAAUUCCCAAGUGAAGAAGUUAUGAAUUAUCAUUCUCUAAACUCAGAGAUGCAUAAGUAAAAAUUAUUAUCAAUUUGA